AUGGAACACGUUAAAUCCCUUCAAGUCGACAUUCCAUUUUUUGAAACAAUGCUUCAAAAACCCAAAUAUCUGAACUUGCUUAAGGGACUUUUUGCUGCUAGGAAAGAUAUGGCGGAAGUGGCGGAAUUAGUAUUGAAUGAACUACCAGAAAAGAAGGGCGAUUCGGGGAGUACCUCGAUUCCUUGCCAAUUUGGAAAUAUACUUGCCACUCAAGCAUUGACCGAUUUGGGUGCAAGUAUUAACUUAAUGCCUUUUUCUUUCUUCAAGAAGCUAAAUGUACCGGAGCCAAGGCCUCUGAAUAUGAAGAUCUAUUUAGCGGAUAAGACGAUUAUUCAUCCAAGAGGUGUUUGUGAAGAUCUUCUCAUUAAGGUGGACAAAUUUGUAUUCCCUGUGGACUUCGUAGUGCUUGACAUGGAAGAAGACCUCGAAAUCCCAAUUAUUUUGGGGAGACCAUUUUUGAAUACCGCAUGCGCAUUGAUAGAUGUAUGCGAGUCCACACUAACAUUGAGGGUAGGAGAUGAGUCAGCAGUGUUUAAGGCUCUACUAGAGAUUAAGCAAUAA